ACAACAUAGUAUACUCACAUACUUAGAUUAUUCCAUAGAUAGAUUGUUAUAAUGAGCUACAGAUGUCAGUUUGAAGCGAAUCGUCACUGAAAUACUUUCGGCGCCAUUUAACUUUUGAACGUUUUCUCCGUAUUUUUUGGGUUGUUACGCGAAACCUAGCCAAAAAUACUGCGUUAGUGACCCGAUUUUAUCUGCUGUGGUCAAUGUUUUACUAGUUUUUUGGCCAUCAUCAGUAAAAUAACGCUUUUGGCUCACUUUGCGAUUCGGUAGAUCAAGAUAAAACAACGAUGUCGGAAAGUAAAGUAGCGAUCGUAACAGGAGCGAAUAAAGGACUUGGCUACGCAAUAACCCAAAAACUAUGCGAGAAAUAUAAGGGGAAAGUGUACUUGACAUCCCGAGACGAAGUAAAAGGAAGAAACGCAUGUGAACAACUUAUGAAAUUAGGACUAAAUCCGACGUUCUACCAACUUGACAUCACCAAUAACGAAAGUGUGAAAAAGUUUGUAACGCAUAUCCAUGACAAUAAUGAAGAAGUCGAAAUAUUAAUCAAUAAUGCAGGAGUUCUAUUUUUGAAAGACGCGCCAGAAUCAAAACUCGUCCAAGCUCAGCAAACUAUAUCUGUGAACUUUACUUCAUUAGUUUUUCUAACGGAAGCCAUCUUGCCUUUCAUGAAAAGUGGCGGGAAAAUCGUGAAUAUAUCGAGUUCAUCUGGACAUUUGUCUAGGAUACCAUCUGAGGAUUUGAGAAAGAAAUUCAGUAGUAAGAAACUGACGUUGGAUGAAUUGAAGUGUCUGGUCAGCAGUUAUGUAGAAGACGUGACGGCCGAUAGGGAAAUAAGGAAGGGGUGGGGAGCCUCGCCGUAUGUCGUGUCAAAAGUUGCUGUCAACGCUUAUACGUUUAUUUUGCACCGCAAGCUCGCAUCUCAGGGUAUAACAGUCAACUGCGUGCACCCCGGAUAUGUGCAGUCUGAUAUGACACACGGGGCUGGCAACAUAGCUCCUCUGUUGGCAGCUAAUGUUCCUGUGCAGCUUGCUCUCGCUCCCCGGGAGAUAGGGCAAUUCAUAUGGCAUAAUGGCAGCGCUGUGCCGUGGGGAGGAAAAGACCCUCGCGUGUAUAUUGAUGGAAGACAUGUAUAAGUUUAUAAACUUUUUUUAUAGCCCUACAACCAUAGACCAGCCAAAAAAAUACCUUUGUUACUCCGUCCAGCGAAAUUUAAAAGACAAAAAUUUAAGGUCACUCAUUAUUCUCAGAGUUAACCCAUCAAUACAGCCGAAAUAAAUAAACGCUACUUAGUAUUAGUUUAACGCAUGAACUAUUUCCUCGAUUUUGACAGUCAAAUACUGACGUAGCGGUUGUUUAUCACGGCUUCGGAUUUAACAAGACUGAAAUCCUGUGAUAUCAAAUGUAAUGUUAAAAUAUGUUCUUGACCAGUGGGAUUUGAAAACUGCUGAAAUUAAUAAAUACGAUGACAAACAUAGAUCAUCUUUAGUUCUUGUACUUUUACUGUUUGUCAUUCAGUGUUUAUUAUUUUCCGAUGCGUUUAGCAUGAUCAUUUUGUUGACGUUUUCUUGAGGAUGUAAUAAAAGUGUUAGAACCUGUGUCAAGAAUGUAUUUUUGCUUACAUGAAUAAAUAUACUUGUGCAGGUGCAUUUUAGCGACCACCAUCCUGUUUCAGUCAAAUUGUUUUUAUAAGAAACAUGCUUGUUGGGCCAAUAAAGUUGAGUGUGCUAUACUUUA